GGCGCGGGGCCUGCUCUACGCGGUCGAGCGCUCGGAAAAUGGCGGCGCCCAUACGGUCCCGCGAGGAAGCUGACGAGAGCUCUGGCUUGGAGGCGAAGCGGGCCCGGGGGCAGCGGCGGCUUCUGGUGGUGCUGGAGGGGGCGAGUCUGGAAACAGUGAAGGUGGGAAAGGCGUUCGAGUUACUCAACUGCGAUAAGCACAAGGCGCUACUGCUGCGAAGCGGCCGGGACCCUGGUGAAGUGCGGCCGGACAUCACACACCAGAGUCUCUUGAUGCUUAUGGACAGUCCACUGAAUCGGGCUGGUCUCCUGCAGGUUUAUAUCCAUACCCAGAAGAAUGUUCUAAUCGAAGUCAAUCCCCAGACCAGGAUCCCAAGAACUUUUGAUCGGUUCUGUGGUCUUAUGGUUCAGUUGUUGCAUAAGCUCAGUGUUCGAGCAGCUGAUGGACCUCAGAAAUUGCUGAAGGUGAUUAAAAACCCAGUCAGUGAUCAUCUCCCAGUGGGCUGCAUGAAGAUAGGUACCUCUUUUGCAGUUCCCAAAGUGUCAGAUCUGCGUGAGCUGGUUCCUGCAGCAGAGCCAGUUGCCAUUGUUGUGGGAGCUUUUGCUCAUGGUUCGGUCAAUGUUGACUAUACAGAAAAGAUGGUCUCUAUCAGUAACUAUCCUCUCUCUGCUGCCCUGACCUGUGCCAAGAUUACUACUGCCUUUGAGGAAGUUUGGGGAGUAGUAUGAGCUUCUGCCUGUAGCCCUUGUUGUGGUGGACUCCUUUAUAGUGACUGGAGGGGAUUUGGCAGAUUCUGGAGGGGCUUUUUUUUUUACUCAGGUGUGGACCUGGUGCAACCUUGAACUCGUGGAAGGGAAAAGGCUUCAAUUUCUUCUUUGUAGCUUUUGGUGCAAUGAGACUCUAAAGGGACUGCCCCUGGUCUUUGUCCUCCAAUUAAAGGUCACUUUUGAUAAGAAA